UUAAUAUCAUCAUUAUUAUUAUUAUUAUCAUUAUUAUUAUCAUUAUUAUUAUCAUUAUUAUUAUUAUUAUUAUUAUUAUUGUUGUUGUUGUUGUCGUUGUUAUCAAUACUUUGUUCGUGGAAGGGCGCGAAGCAAGCGGAUUAGAGGGGGAAAAAAAAGAAAAAAGAAAUAAGAAAAGGAAAGAGAAAAAGAAAAAGUUAUCUCUUGGAUCGAUAUAAAUUUUCACGAGACACAUAGAGAUCAGCGAUCAAUAUCAUCAGCUGUUCGAUUCGACUUUGAGAGAAUCGUCGGAAUGAAUGUGUGUGACGGAGGAGACGCACGUGCUCCGUGGCUUUCGCGUUCUCCAAUGAGAUCUCUCUCUCUCUCUCUCUCAUGAUUUUUCAAGCAACUUAGAAACCGUUCUUUUUCGAUUUCCCAACGGAACUUAGUGUCGAAGAAAAAGAAAAAAGAAGAAGGAGAAGAAGAAGAAGAAGAAGAAGAAGAAGAAGAAGAAGAAGAAGCAAAGAAAGAUAAAAAAGAAGAAGAAGAAUAUCGUUGAUUAAAUCGAAAGGGAAAAUUUCUCAAAGGGUGCAAGAAAUUGAAUAUAUAUUUCCGUCUGUUGAUCGAACGUUUACGGUUGGUUUGUUUUUAACCAAGAGUCACGUCUCGUUUCGUGUUUUGUUUCUUUUUCUUUUUCUUUUUCUUUUUUGUUUUCUUUUCUUUUUUUCUUUUUUUUUUUUCUUUUAUUUUUUUUUUUUCUUCUAUCUCUUUCACUCCGUGAUAAUAGUGAGUACAUUGAUCUCUCGAGGAUGAACGAUGCGAACGGAACUGUGCGUUGGCAGGGAAAGAUCGGACGCAAAAUGUUAUGUUUGGAUACUUAAACUGACGUGAAAGGAUUCUCCGGAUUUGGAUUAGAAAACAGUGCUGGUAGAGAUAGUAAGGAGAAUGAUUGGACAGGUGUUGGUACCGGCUAAGGAUCCCGCGAAAUACAAAAAAGGAUCCUAUGCUGAUGAUCAAAGAAAUUUUCGUGUAAUCGUAUAAAUGUAACAUAAUAAUUAAGUGUUUAUAUAAUUAUUUAAACAAAUCUAAUCGAUUCGUCUAAUCGAUAAUAACUUAGCUUGAAGACCGAUAAAAGACAGUGAAGAUAAAUUCGUGAUAGAAAACAAAAAAAAAAACAAAGAUACUCCAAACGAUUAGUAUUCUAAAAAUGUAGUGUGAAACGAUUGUCAAGGUCGACGAAUCUCGGAUUAGUUCUUAAUCGAACUUUACCGAAUCGUCGACGACGAAAUUCAAAAGUUCAAGAUGCUGGACAUAUUUCGUGGUUUAAAGAGCCUAAUCAAGAUCUCACAUAUACACAUUGAUACAGCCGUAUUUCGCCUACAUUAUAGCUUAACAGUGAUAAUACUGAUAUCGUUUAGCUUGAUAGUCACAACGAGGCAAUACGUUGGCAAUCCAAUCGAUUGUAUACACAGUAAAGACUUACCAGAGGAUGUGUUGAAUACUUAUUGUUGGAUACACAGUACUUACACGAUCACUGCAGCGUACAGGAAAAGAGAAGGCUCGGAAGUACCUUUUCCAGGUGUCGAUAAUUCAAAAUUAUAUCCGGAAUCUGAGAGGAAGGAGUACAGGUAUUAUCAGUGGGUCUGCUUCAUGCUGUUCCUUCAGGCGAUUCUCUUUUACACUCCGCGAUGGCUGUGGAAGGGCUGGGAGGGCGGGAAGAUUCACGCUCUCAUGAUGGAUCUCGACAUAGGUUUGUGCUCGGAGGUAGAAAAGAAACAAAAAAAGAAGAUGCUGCUUGACUACCUAUGGGAGAAUCUACGUUAUCACAAUUGGUGGGCAUACAGGUACUACCUCUGCGAAGUUCUAGCUCUCCUGAACGUGAUCGGUCAGAUGUUCUUGAUGAACCGUUUCUUCGACGGAGCCUUCCUGACUUUCGGGAUCGACGUACUUAGGUUCCUUGAGUCCGAUCAAGAGGACCGGGUCGAUCCAAUGAUCUACGUCUUUCCACGAAUGACCAAGUGCACCUUCUACAAAUAUGGCGUGAGCGGUGAGGUCGAGAGGCACGAUGCAGUUUGUAUAUUGCCAUUGAACGUUGUCAACGAGAAGAUCUACGUCUUCCUCUGGUUUUGGUUCCUUCUUCUCGGGAUAUUAAGCUUCAUAACGGUAUUAUACAGGAUUGUAAUCAUAUUUUCACCGCGAACGAGGGUAUAUCUACUGAGACUGAGAUUUCGUCUGGUUAGAAGAGAGGCCGUUGAGACGAUAGUACGACGUAGCAAGGUCGGCGAUUGGUUUCUCCUUUAUAUGCUAGGCGAAAACUUGGACACCGUAAUAUACAGAGACGUGAUGCACGAAUUGGCGAAUAAGCUUGCCUCGAGGCAUCAUCACGGCGUACCAGGAGCAAAGGGAGAACUACAAGAAGCCUGAUCGAGGCUGCCUCGGAGGAUCGGAGGAUUCCAGCUGCGCCGAGGCUCCUGCGUAUCUUCUUGUCCUUUGAAAAGGACGUUCCGUCGUCGUAGUCGUC